AUGUCGAAGAAAUCGUCUAAGUCCGUACCGAACAUGCAAGCUCCAGUACCUGAAUAUACAGGAGGAGUUGGAAGCAGUAUCGUUGCACUGACUGCUGCGAGAAAGGUGGGCAGUACGCCCAAAGAUUCCUUCCUCCCCCCUCCCAGCGUCGGAAGACAGGUAAAUGCUGACGUUGCCAAUAACAUUCAGUCCCGCGGAUACGGGCAAAUAAAUGCAGUCAAUGUUGGUUCCGGGAAUAGUGCUAGGCGAAAUCCGUUGCGCGAAACUCGUAGAGCUCGGGACUAUCAGUGUCAGUUGUGUGAAGAGCGUGAUAAUGACGAAAUGGUGCAGUGUGAUGGUUGCGAUAAGUGGUUCCAUUUUGUAUGUGUUCAGGUUACGGAGGAUAUCGCCAACGUCAGCUGGAUUUGCCCUUGCUGUAAGACGGCAUUCGUCCCUCCCGCUACUACUACCAGCCGAAUGAUCGAACAACAGCAUCGCAAUUCGUCUUUGUCGGAAAACAGGGCGCUAUCGGCUGGUUCCAAGAGCAAGAUUGGAUCUACUCGAAGUGAAACAAGGCGGUUGCGAGAACUCGAACUGCGAAGACUCGAGGAAGAGCUCGAGAUGGAGAAGCGGUUUCUAGAACGAAGGUACGAGGUUCUAAAGGAAUACGGUAGUGAAGCGUCAUCAGUGACAGAUCUCAACGAACGAGACAACGCUUCGAAGAUACAAAAUUGGUUAGCCGAAACGGAACGUGUCGGUGAAGCUGACGAUUCCGGAUUAGCUGCAGAGGAGGCAAAUGGGCAAAUACCGAAUAUCUCGGAUAAGCUCGAGGAGCACCAAGCUCUGGAUGUCGUCCAGCAGAUUCGAAAUUCACCAGCGAAUUGUACCAAGCGGCGAGAUACACGCACUCAAGUACGUCUUCAGAUGCAACUGGCGCAACAGCAACAUCAAGUGGGUCAGUCGUUCGUGUCUCCUUUGGCAUCAGAUGCGCUGCAGCAUCACGGCCAUACGCACCAGCUUCGCUUAACUUCAACUCUCUCUGCUCCACUCGCCCAUUUGCAACCUGACAGCAGAACGACGGCCAUGCCUCCUUCAAUUCCCGAAGCCUUCCAGCAGUCAACACGAGGGCUGCCAGUUUUAGAGUUCGCCCAAAUGAACAUCCACUCCAGACCGCCGUUUACAGUGGGAUUCAACAAUGGCAACGCGCAACAUGCGUCGCACUACUCAUCGCGGGAUCGACCGCCCAACAAUCCUAGGCCAUUGUUCAUGCCUUCAACGAAUUCCGGUAUACGAACUGAAGACAAGAUUGUAACUCGUUCCGGUCCGCUUGCCCAGCUGCAACCUGACAUUCGUCCGACGAUUUUGCCUUCAGUAAUCCCAGAAGCCUACCCUAACCAACCGGCUCGAAAACCGUCAGCCCUCGAAUUCGCCCAAAUGAACAUUCAAGCUAGACCGUCAUUUUCGGCAGACUUGGGCGGUGGCUUCCUGCAUCAUGCAUCGCAUUAUAUGCCGCAGGAUCGACCGCAGACGAAUUCUAGACCGGCGUUCAUCUCUUCAACAAAUCACGGUAUCCAGACAGGACACGAUACCUUCGUCCCAGGUCAGCGAUCAACACCGAUACGACUUGAUCACCCGCAACGAGGUGAAGCAGCGACAAUCCCCGACGAGUCAGUAUGCGUUCUCAACCGAAGCCAGAUCGCAGCGCGGCAGGCAGUUUCAAGGGAUCUUCCUGAAUUCGACGGUUCAUUGGAGGACUGGCCACUAUUUUACGCUAUGUUCAAUUCAUCUACGCAGAUGUGUGGGUUCACGAAUGAAGAGAACAUGCUUAGACUGCGGAAGUGUCUGAAAGGAAAGGCACUGGAUGCAGUAAGAUGCGCGCUUCUUCACCCAUCAAACGUUGCAGACAUACUGUCUACGCUGAAGAUGCUGUACGGGCGAUCAGAUGCGAUCGUUCAGUCAAUCGUCAAGAGAAUAAGGAGUCUCCCGACACCAAACGUGGAGAAGCUCGAGACGGUGGUGAAUUUCGCAUUGACGGUGAAAAAUUUAGUAGCGACGGUCCGUGCCUGCGAGAUCGAUGAUUUUAUUUUCAACGCAUCUCUCCGAUACGAGUUGGUUGAUCGUCUUCCGUCAUCCCUGAAGCUAGACUGGGCAAGAUUUGCUCGUAGUAUCCCAUCCCCAAAUCUCGCUGAUUUCAGUAUAUGGCUGUACACUGUAGCGGAAGAUGCUAGCACGGUGAUGGCUUCGCCAGGUCAUGAUCAGCGAAAUCGAACAUCCAAGAAGGACGGCUUCCUAAACUUCCAUUCCGGAUCUGACUCCGGCGAUGCGAAGCCGCUCGAGUCAGUCAGCAAACCGAAGUUGGGUGUAACUAAGGAUAACGCGCAAGGCCAGUGUGUGGUGUGCAGGGAUAACUGUCCAACUGUUGCGCGAUGCAGUAGAUUCGAGGGUUUCAGCUAUGACUCGAAGUGGGCGAUAGUAAAGGAGUGCAAACUAUGCCGUAAGUGUCUUCGCAAGCAUAACGGCUCCUGCAAACAGCAAAACCAAUGCGGAGUGAAUGGAUGCACGUACCUACACCAUCCUCUCCUUCACAAUCCGGAGAUCCAACACACAGAUCCCUCGACGUCGAAGCCAACCGCGCUUCCUUCAGGGCAGAAACGACCGGAACCAAGCUGCAAUCUUCAUCAAGGACAGUCGGCAGUGCUGUUUCGCAUCGUUCCAGUCAUAUUGUAUGGGCCGGAGAAGAAGGUGAAGACCUACGCAUUUAUCGACGACGGAUCCGAACUAACCCUGAUGGAACAAAGCCUUGCAGACGAGCUUGGCAUCGAAGGGCCUAGAAAGCCGCUUUGUUUGAAGUGGACUGGUGGUACGCGAAAGGCAGAACAUCAAUCGCAACAGGUGAAUCUGCAAAUCUCUGGAGCACGAAGUUCGAUGAAGUACAAACUUUCAGGGAUCAGUACAAUCUCCUCUCUCCAGAUACGACCACAAACAAUGCUGGUUUCUGUAUUGCAGGAAAAAUACGCACAUCUGUCUGGGUUACCACUCGAAGAAUAUCGUGAUGUUAGUCCACGGCUUCUAAUUGGCUUGGACUAUGCCAACCUCGGGCAUGGAAUUAAGAGUCGCGAGGGAAAGCGAAACGAACCGAUCGCAAUGAAAACUCGUUUGGGAUGGACGGUCUACGGAAAUUGUACUGGGGCAGGAGACAUCGGCGGAUAUCUGAAUUUUCACAGUGUCCAAAGAUGUGACUGUAGGCGGGAGAACGAUGAUGAUCUGCACAAGGCGAUGAAAUCCUACUUCGCGUUGGAUAGUACGGGAAUCAUCAAAACGAGUCAGCUUCUCUCUCAGGAAGAUCAGCGGGCUCAUUCAUUAUUAAAGUCUCUCACCCACCAAAGGAACAACCGCUACGAAGUUGGCCUACUCUGGAAAUACGACAACAUCCGACUUCCGGACAGUAAAGCGAUGGCCUUCGGACGAUGGAAGUGUUUGGAAAAUCGCAUGAGCAAGGAUUCAGCAUUAGCUGAAGCUCUCGAGAAAAAGAUCCAAGAACAUAUCAACAAGGGUUACAUAAGAAAGUUGACUCCGGAAGAACUGGAAGAACAACACUCACGAAUCUGGUACCUUCCUAUCUUCGUAGUCGUCAACCCAAACAAACCGGGCAAAUUUCGCCUAGUAUGGGAUGCCGCUGCCACCGUCCAUGGUAUUUCCUUGAAUUCAGUCCUCUUGAAGGGACCAGAUCAGUUGACUUCGCUUCUAUCCGUGCUGAUUCGCUUCCGUGAGUUUCGAGUAGCAGUAUGUGGUGACAUCAAAGAGAUGUUUCACCAAGUGCGAAUGCGAGAUGAAGAUCAGCACUGUCAGCGCUUCGUUUGGAAAAACAGCGACGACACUGAGCCUAGCAUUUACGUCGUCCAGGUCUUGACCUUUGGUGCGUGUUGUUCGCCAAGUACUGCGCAAUAUGUCAAAAACAUCAACGCAAAACAGUUCGUGCAAGAUCAGCCAGAAGCAGUCCACGCUAUAAUCAAACAACAUUACGUUGAUGACAUGCUCGUGAGCACAGAAACGGAGGAAGACGCUGUGAAACUGGCCCAGAAUGUGAAAAUAAUACACAAGCGAGCUGGGUUUGAAAUACACAACUGGAUAUCCAACUCCAAUUUUGUCACGGAGAUGCUGAACGAGGAAACGAAGGACGAAAAAGACUUGAACAUUGGCGAUGAAUCCACAACAGAGAAGGUGCUUGGAAUGUGGUGGAACACGUCAACCGACAGUUUUACUUACAAGGUGUCCUCCCGUUACGAUGAAGCUUUGCUAUCUGGCAGUCGUCGGCCAACAAAACGCGAGGUCCUCCGAGUGCUGAUGAUGAUAUAUGACCCACUAGGGUUAAUUGCGCAUUUGUUGAUGUUUCUAAAGGUACUUCUACAAGAAAUUUGGAGAACGUCAGUCAACUGGGACGAUCAUAUUGAAGACGCACAGUUCGAGAAGUGGCUAACAUGGCUCGCAGUGUUUCCGAAAAUGGGAUCAGUGGAAGUCCCUCGAUGUUAUCGGACAUUGACAUCAAUAAGAGCUGAGGUGGAGAUGCACACAUUCGUGGACGCAAGUGAAGGCGGGUUUGCGGCCGUCGUGUAUCUUCGAUUUCGCGAGGAAGACGUAUACGAAUGCGCACUGGUGGGAGCGAAGACCAGAGUAGCACCCUUAAAGUUCUUGUCAAUACCUAAAUCCGAACUACAAGCCGCCCUACUCGGCCUUCGAUUAGCGGAUACAAUACUAGCUUCUCUUUCAAUCAAAAUUAGUAAGCGAUACUUCUGGACAGACUCCAAGGAUGUACUUAGCUGGUUGCGAUCCGACCACCGGCGAUACAGCCAGUUUGUAGCAUUCCGCGUCAGCGAAAUUCUGGAAUCGACGGAUAUUACCGAGUGGCGUUAUAUCCCGACCAAACUAAACGUAGCCGAUGAAGGGACAAAGUGGACUCGUUCCCCUGACUUAUCUGCUAGCAGUCGUUGGUUCCGUGGUCCAGAAUUACUUCGACUAUCUGAACACGUCUGGCCCGAAUUUCCCAGCCUCGGGAAACCGACUGUAACGGAGCUGCGCCCGCAUCUGCUUUAUCAUACAGCAACGAUGGACUCGGUUAUUAAAACGGAAGAAUGCUCCAAAUGGAUACGAGUACUACGACGGGCGGCGUUCAUAUUCCGAUACGUUAACAAUCUGCAGCGAUCAUUGAGGCGAGAACGACUUUUCACUGGACCGCUGACACAGGAAGAGCUGGCUAAGGCGGAGAACUACUUAUUCCGCCAAGCGCAGUCAGAAAUCUAUGCCGAUGAGAUCGCCACGCUGGCCAUGAGUUGCCCUACGAAAAGAACGCAGACAAAGAUUGUUAGAAACAACCCGCUUUUUCGCAGCGCCUUUCUGGACGAAAACGGUGUUGCUCGCAUUCGAGGUCGAACAAAGGCAUGUGCAUUCGUUGGCCGCGAUGCUACUGAACCUAUCAUCCUUCCCCGGAACCACCACGUUACGCGACUGAUAAUAGCCGAUAUUCAUGAGCGUUUCAACCACCAAAAUCACGCGACAAUUGUCAAUGAAGUGUUGCAGCGCUACCGUAUUCCUCGACUGAAGGCAACUUACCAUGCGAUCCGGAGAAGUUGUCAACAGUGCAAGAAUGAUCUAGCGAAACCACAACCUCCAGCGAUGGCUGAUCUUCCACAGUCACGUCUGGCUGCAUUUAGUCGUCCGUUCACGUACACGGGGGUGGAUUAUUUCGGUCCGAUUCAGGUAGUGGUCGGACGUCAUUCGGAAAAGCGGUGGGGAGUUCUCGCUACUUGUUUAACCACUCGCGCCAUCCAUUUGCAAAUCGCUCACACUCUGUCCACCGGCUCUUGUGUUAUGGCAAUCCGAAACAUCAUGGCUAGGAGGGGAGUGCCAGCUGUUAUCUACAGCGAUCGUGGAACAAACUUCCAAGCCACGAGUAAGGUGCUAAAGGCAGCCAUCCAGCAGCUCGAUCAUGAUAGACUGGCGAGCGAGUUCACCUCAACUCGUACUCAAUGGACCUUCAUUCCGCCAGUUUCACCCCACAUGGGAGGAGCAUGGGAACGUUUAAUACGCAGUGUGAAACUUAAUUUAGCCAAGCUACAACCCAGCAGAUUACCCACCGACGAAGUAUUGCAGAACGCGUUGAUAGAAGUCGAAAACAUCGUUAAUUCGCGACCACUGACUGAAAUACCCGUAGAUGACGACGAAUCACCCGUGCUAACGCCUAACCACUUCCUGUUAGGAUCAGCAAACGGGUUGAGACCGUGGGUUCCCUUUGAUGAUAGUCCCGUUCACAAGAGAAACUCUUGGACUCAAUCCCAGACAAUGGCUGACGCGUUCUGGAAACAAUGGGUCCGUGACUAUCUGCCAACGAUCACGCGAAGAACCAAGUGGUUUACUCCAACGAAGCCGAUUGAAGUUGGUGACGUAGUGGUAAUCGUCGACCCAAAGCUUGGCCGGAACUACUGGCCCAAAGGUAGGGUUAUUGCUACACAACAGGCUCCUGACGGACAGGUACGACGCGCCACUAUACAGACAGCAUCCGGUGGAAUCUACGAACGACCAACAGUAUCAUUAGCAGUGCUCGACGUAGGCGUUGUAGCGAAUACGCGUUCGGAUGAUCCUUCGCGCAUUCCGGGGGGGAGUGUUGACUACGCCCCGUCGUUAACUACAUCUACCUCAGUUAGUUAA